AUGAAAGAAGCAGUAAUCGACAAGGACACCGGGGUGACAAUCCGCGAUGUCGACAUCCCUGUUCCCCAGCUAGGACAAGUCUUGAUCAAAGUGAUUGUUUCAGGAACCAAUCCAAAAGAUUGGAAAUUGCCAGUUUGGCUAUCGGAUGCCCCGCCUGCCAACCAAGGAGAUGAUAUUGCUGGGUUUGUUGAGGCUGUAGGAGAGGGCGUCUCCAAGUUCAAGAAAGGAGAUAAGGUGGCCGCUUUCCAUCAGAUGAUGACCCCUGCGGGAAGCUAUGCGGAAUAUGCGAUCGCUUGGGAGCACACAACCUUCCAUAUCCCGGAGAAAACUAGUUUUGAAGAGGCUGCCUCUAUUCCACUUGCCGCAAUGACAUCCGCUCUGGGAUUGUUUCAAAGAUUAAGUUUGCCCGUUCCGUGGCAUCCCGCGACUGAGGCGUUACCCCUGGUUGUGUAUGGCGGUGCAUCGGCGGUUGGGGCCUUUGCAAUCAAGCUGGCUCAACUCUCAAAUAUCCACCCCAUCAUCGCAGUGGCCGGUAAAGGCGCACCAUUUGUGGAAACCCUCAUUGACAGAUCCAAGGGGGACACCAUAAUUGACUACCGCGAAGGUGACAACGCCGUCCGCGAGAAAAUCCGAAGUUCUGCCGGCGGUCUUCCAAUCCACCAUGCCUUCGAUGCGGUUUCCGAGAAGGGGUCAUACCAGAACCUGGGCGAGGCCCUCACUGUGCCGGCAAAGAUCACGGUCGUUCUACCCGGUAAAGACUAUAGCGAUCUUCCGAAGGGAGUCGAGGCCAUAACCACGAAUGUUGGAGCGGUUCACCAGUCCGCAGAACCGGGACAGACAGUGGGCGACAUCGAGUUUGGUGCUGCAUUCUUCGCCUUUUUCGGAAGAGGUUUGGCACAGGGAUGGUUCACGGGGCAUCCCGUCGAGGUGCGGCCUCGUGGGUUGGCUGGUCUCGAAGGCGCAUUGAGAGACUUGCGGGAAGGGAAGGCUUCGGCAGUCAAGUAUGUAGUGCGUCUCGCCGACACGCCAAAUCUGUAG